ACAUCUGGUAGUAGUAGUAUCCUGAGCGGCCAUAUGUAAUUUUACCUCAUUCAUUCACUCAUAGGCGCAUUUAGCUUCUUGCUCACAACAAACCGCGGCGUUUACGGUGCUAAGCUGCGCGUUUCUCUCUGCUCCGCCAUUCUCCCGGACGUUUAUCAGUGUAUGCCUCGGUGACCGUCGGGUGCAGGCUGGGUGGUGACAGCACAGUACAAUGAUCGAGCGACCAGAGACUGCGGUUCCCAGCAUUGCUCAGCGGAACCUGGAGGGCUAUGUGGGCUUCGCCAAUCUCCCCAACCAGGUGUACCGGAAGUCGGUCAAAAGAGGUUUUGAGUUCACACUGAUGGUUGUAGGUGAGUCUGGUCUUGGGAAAUCAACGCUCAUCAACUCUCUGUUCCUGACUGACCUGUACUCUAAGGACUACCCUGGGCCGUCCCAGCGCAUCAAGAAAACUGUGCAGGUGGAGCAAUCCAAAGUGCUGAUCAAGGAAGGAGGGGUCCAGCUGACGCUCACCAUUGUGGAUACACCAGGAUUUGGAGAUGCAGUGGACAACAGCAACUGUUGGCAACCAGUCAUAAACUACAUUGACAGUAAGUGUGAGGACUUCCUUAAUGCAGAGUCAAGGGUAAACCGCAGAUCCAUGCCAGACAACAGAGUCCACUGCUGCCUGUACUUCAUCGCACCCUCUGGACACGGUCUGAAGCCGCUGGACAUCGAGUUCAUGAAGAGACUCCACGACAAAGUUAAUGUCAUCCCUCUCAUUGCAAAAGCAGACACUCUGACCCCUGAAGAGUGCCAGCUUUUUAAAAAACAGAUAAUGAAAGAGAUACAGGAGCACAAAAUCAAAAUUUAUGAAUUCCCAGACACAGAGGACGAUGAGGACAACAAGCUCAUUCGAAAGAUAAAGGAGAAGAUGCCCCUGGCAGUAGUCGGCAGCAACGUGGUGAUUGAGGUGAACGGCAAGAAGGUCAGAGGUCGCCAGUACCCUUGGGGAGUGGCAGAAGAGGGCAUUUUUGUGGAGAAUGGGGAACACUGCGACUUCACUGUGCUCCGCAACAUGCUCAUCAGGACCCACAUGCAGGAUCUAAAGGAUGUCACCAACAAUGUCCACUACGAGAAUUAUCGCAGUAAGAAACUUGCUGCCGUCACCUGUAAUGGAGUGGACACUACAAAGACCAAGGGACAGCUCACUAAGAGUCCCUUGGCACAGAUGGAGGAGGAGCGAAGGGAGCAUGUGAUGAAAAUGAAGAAGAUGGAGGCAGAAAUGGAACAAGUCUUUGAAAUGAAGGUUAAGGAGAAGAAGCAGAAACUGAAGGAUUCAGAGGCCGAGCUGGAGCGGCGCCACGAACAGAUGAAAAGGAACUUGGAGGCACAGUACAAAGAGCUAGAGGAGAAGAGACGAGUGUAUGAGGACGAGAAGGCCAACUGGGAGGCUCAGCAGAGAAUCCUGGAGCAGCAGAAACUGGAUGCCUCCAAGACAAUGGAAAAGAACAAGAAGAAAGGGAAAAUCUUUUGAAGAGAGACCUUCAGUUUUACACAACCUUAUUUUUUCCUCUUCCUCUCAAAAGCUUGUGUCUACUGUGGCCCUCAGAACACAAAAUAAAGCGCACACACACACACACACACACAUAACACUCAUUUCAUUACAUUCCUCUGUGUUGCGUUUAACCUGCAACAUAUGAAACAUUGACAUUAUUUACACACACAUUUACUUACAUUUAGACAUGCAGAUGCCCACAAUAUCCCACAUGCUUGUCUCUCUGCAGGGUUUUACUGUGUUUGUGGAGACUGUCAUUUUCUUGAGGUACGCAUGUCUCUGAAAGUCUAUUUUCCUAUAUUACCUGACAAUGAGGAGAAGCCUGAUUUCCUCUGAGCUUACAGUACUGAGUAAACACGUGGCGGGGACAGCGCAUAGCCAUUUGUACACAUGUAGUUGUUGUACAUUCUCUUGAUAUUCAUAGAUAGAUAAAUGUACUAUCUCCUUCCUCAAUGCACUCUUUUUAAUUAUCCUCUUAAAAAUGUAAUACAAGAGUAUACACACUCAGAUACUCAGUCAUGAUGACCUUCCUGGGAGUGUGUUGAGAAGGGUGUAUGAGUAUGUGAGUAAGGCAGCAGCUGUGGAGGAAGAAGUUAGGUGGAAUUAAGGCCCAGGUCACACCAAAAAGUGUCUCGGUGAAAUGAAUCUGUGUGUUGUUCGGGCCCAGAUGAUAAAAUGGUAAUUUCUUAAUUUGCUAAAGAAUUGACUGCUAACACACUAGCCAGCUGGUGACAUGCUAGCACUACACUAAGUUUUCCCAAUACUGGGUCCCAUGCUUCCCACUCGCUCAUUCUUGGGAUUGCACAUCAUUACUUUCAGUAAAGAGUUCAUGAAGGUGAUUUAAGAAACAGUCAGUUAGCUACUCGUUAGCUCAAUUGAUGGUACAAAUACUACUUAUAAAGCAAUAUGUCAAUCAAUGGAACUUAUUGACAGAUUAGGAGAUAGUUGCCUUUUUAACAAAUAUGUCUUAAAAAACAAUAAACAAAAAAAGAAAUUGAACUAAUUGUUCCAUUCGCUUAUUUUUCCGCUUUGCUAAUUACAUUCAUUGUUCCAUUACCAAGUAUUGUAUGUCUUUUGAAUGAAACGACUUUGCUAACUGAAAGCUUCCUCCAUUUGGACUGUACAAGCCUGCCAUGGCCCAGGGAUGCGAAAUCACAGGUAAACUUAAAUAAAGCUUGAUGCAAGAGAAGAAAAAAAACUUGUUUGAUCAAAAUGUUCCUGUUUUUAAAUAAUGGUGUGCCUGGGCCUUUAGAUUGGAUUUACUAUGUAGUGGCAGGUAUGUUUUAUCAAAUGCUAUGUCUGAGGUCAUAGAUAGUGUGUGUCUGAACCAUACGGGCAGAAUAAAGGAGAUGGAAGACUGUCCGUAACAUCAGCCAGAAUAGUGUCAUUGCAGUUUGUUUUUUUCUUAUUUAAAUAGAAGAUAUUAUGCAAAAGCCUCAUUGGUGUCUACAAUUUCAAAGGUUACAGUGAUUACAACAAUGUUUUAUAUUGUGUUGUAAGUGGUAGGUGUUGUCAUAGACCUGAACCCCGUUGUCCAGAUUAUUGUGAUAUUUUAACUUUGGGUAAAACAACCAAAGGGACAAUUCGUCAGAAAAAGCGCAAAUAGUCCUUUCUUGCUCCCUGGAUUCCCCAGAAAGGCAGCAGUUCCAAGAAGUUUGCCAAUUCAGCCAUAGCUUGUUGAACUCUGACUAAUUUAGAAUAUCUGGCAUACAACAAAACAUGACCUGUCUGCUCUCCUAUCAAGUCCGAGCCAAUUCAGAGUUCGAAAGCUGCACACUGUGCCACACGUUCGAAACUUUCAUAAACUUUUUCCCAGAGUUGUCAUGUUUUAUUUUCAUAUGAUGAUAUUAAUAAUACUUUAUGCAUGGUUGAACAAUGGCUCCUUUCCUUGUAGUUUUCUUAAAUAACGUCUAGAUUAAUCUGUUAUUUUUAGUAUAGUUUUUCAGACUACCUGCAUUUAAAGCAAAAUGCUAAAGGGACAAACCUUAUUCCUUCAGCACAUUAGGUAUUACCUUUUUGGAUUUGUUGGAGGCUGCUCAGUGGCCUUUGUUGAGUUUUUUUGGUUUUUUCAGGAAUAACAAUAACUUUACUUUAAACAGAACCUGUUAUGUCAAACUCUCCUCAAGAGUUCAUGAUUUAAUUGCUCUACAUUUAUGCACACAUUUAUUCUGUAUACAUCUAUGCCAAUGAGUACACCUUCUCAGGACUGCUCCAUAAUGCUAGAUUUUGUCUGUAGGUCCAGAGAAAAGCAAUUCUCUUGUCCUACAGGUUUGAAAAGGUGAAUUUUACUUUGAAAUGCAGGUGAACCACUCAUCCUUCCAAUAACACCAAGGUAAGAUAAAUUUAAGUUUAGGUAGAUUUUUUGGGGAAUAUUUUCUGUAUAUAUAUAUAUAUGUGUGUGUGUGCUGUGUGUACACUGUUUUCUGCUUCUCUUCCUUGUUUUAUCAUGUGUUUUGGCUCUAACUGUACAUGUUUAAUAUUAAAGUUGACAAGAUUAUGCUUUAACUCA